GGCCUUGGUGGAAAUCAACUUCCGGGGGCAGAGGUGUUCGAAGGCGGGUGGUGCGUGGGUUGCCCCAAGUUGGGUUCUUGGGGCCGCAGUUUCCCCCGAGGGUCUGGGGUCUUGUCGGGGUGUGUGUUUGCGGGUCUGUGUCCUGGGGGUGGCUCACCCKGCAKCGGCUCGGCGGCGGCGGCGGCGGCAGCGAGCGAGAGCGGGGAGCAGGUGACACUUGAAGAAUGGAUGAUGAUGAUUUUGGUGGUUUUGAGGCUGCAGAGACUUUUGAUGGUGGAAAUGGUGAAACCCAAACAACAUCUCCUGCUAUUCCUUGGGCUGCCUUCCCUACAGUAUCUGGAGUCCAUCUUUCACCAGCUUCUCCUGAGAUUGUUUUGGACCAUGACCACUCGUCUCCUUCACUUGGAUGCCUCUCUUCUGAUGCCAUCAUUUCAUCACCAGAGAACCUACAUGCAGACAAUACUAUUAUGAAUCAAACAAUUCCUAAAGCACAGAUUCAGCAAACAACACACACUCAUCUGGAUAUCCCACUUUUUCCAUUGGGCUUAACUGAUGAGGCAAGUAAUGGAACAAUUGCUACUGUGGAAGAGUCUGAGGAUUCUGGAACCCAUGUAUCAAACAUACAGCUUCAGCAAAAAAUUUCAAGCCUGGAGAUUAAACUCAAAGCCUCUGAAGAAGAAAAACUAAGAAUUAAAAAGGAUGUUGAAUCAUUAAUGGAAAAGCAUAGUGUGUUAGAAAAAGGUUUCCUAAAAGAAAAAGAGCAAGAGGCCAUUUCUUUUCAAGAUAGAUACAAAGAACUUCAGGAAAAACAUAAACAAGAACUGGAAGACAUGAGAAAAGCUGGUCAUGAAGCCCUUAGCAUUAUUGUGGAUGAAUAUAAGGCACUACUGCAGUCUUCAGUUAAGCAACAAGUAGAAGCUAUUGAAAAACAGUACAUCUGUGCAAUUGAGAAACAAGCCCACAAGUGUGAAGAGUUGCUAAAUACUCAGCAUCAGAGGCUCCUUGAAAUGCUAGAUACAGAGAAAGAUCUGUUUAAAGAAAAAAUAAAGGAAGCUUUGAUUCAGCAAUCUCAAGAACAGAAGGAAAUACUAGAAAAAUGUUUGGAGGAAGAAAGGCAAAAAAAUAAAGAGGCAUUGGUGUCUGCUGCAAAGCUUGAGAAAGAAGCAAUGAAGGAGAUAGUUAUGAAAGCAGUAGAAGAAGAACGAAAAAAUUUGGAAAAAGCCCAUGCUGAAGAAAGGGAAUUAUGGAAGACAGAACAUGCAAAAGAUCAAGAAAAAGUAUCCCAGGCAAUUCAAACAGCUAUACAAGAACAAAGAAAAAUAAGUCAGGAAACUGUUAAGGCAGCAAUAAUAGARGAACAGAAGCGAAGUGAAAAGGCUGUAGAAGAGGCAGUGAAAAGAACAAGAGAUGAAUUGAUAGAAUAUGUAAAAGAACAGAAAAGGCUUGACCAAGUCAUCCGCCAAAGAAGCCUGUCCAGUUUGGAGCUGUUCCUCUCCUGUGCACAGAAACAGUUAAGUGCUUUAAUAGCUACGGAACCAGUUGACAUUGAAUAAAGAACAUGACAAGCUAACCCACACUGGUAUUGCAUAAAUCAUUAGACCUCUAAAAUACAUGCCAUGAAUUAUAAAGAUGCUUUUGGUUUAUUUUUUUUCCAAGCCUUGGAAAAAUGAUUUCYAGUUCAAGGAUAAGGCAAAACAAUAUUUAGAAGAACUACCAGGGAAUUUAAUUUAUUUUCUCUUAUUUUCUCCCUUACAUUUAUUAUUUUAUUUGUAGUAGUAACAGCAACAAAGUAUAAUAUGACCCAAAAGCCAUUGAAAAGUGCCACAUUAUCAAAAGGCAAUUAAGUAAAUUUCAUAUCCUCUGRUAGCCUGUUAUACUGCCUUUGGCAAAAGAAAUAAAUAUCUUUAUGAUUGCUUCAUGAUAAUUUUUGAUAAGAUGCUAGAAUGUAAUCAAGGAUUUAUUUGAUUUCAAGGAUAGAAAUAACAUAAAUUUCAUCAACUAUUUACCUAURUAAUUUGGAUGAAAUGCUGGAUAUGAUAGAGAAUUAUUCUGAUAUUACUAAACCUCUUUUCUGAAGUUGGAUCUAUAUACUUUGAUUGGUCUACUGAAUAACAAAAUAGAAAUAAAAACACUAAGGAUAAUGAUAUUAAUUCCACUUUGAUCUGAUAUCCCACUUAAACUCAAGGAGUAUGUGUGAUACAUGCUUAUUUCCCAUUUCUGCUCUUUAAAGGCAGUGUAGAUCAAUGAGGUCAUUUAUCCUAUGAAUUGAAUCAUGAACUCACUCUCUAGACAGAGAACAUAACUCAGCCACUUAUAGGAAUUCAGGUUCAAACGUAGGAUAUGUAAUAUAUGAUAUAUAUCUUUUCUCAGUACUUUGGAAUGUUAAUUCAUGAACAGUGUGCUUCAGUGCAAAAUCACAAGCAUUUUAACAUCAAAACCAAAAUGUCAAUAAAAUGUAUGGAUGCAAACAUUUUGUCUUAUUUUCUGAAAUGCUUCUACUUUCAUGGGCUUAGUACUUUUAUGGGAUUUCUCAGUGUAAUAAAAGGAGCUCCAAAACUUA